GGCAAAUACGCCAGACCCGAGGAGACGAGGAAAAAAAAAUUCUCCGUCAAUCGAAAAAAAUGGCGACCCGUCUCCUGAAAAUCAGUACCGCGUUGCGUAUUUACUCAGACAAAACAAAUCUUGUAAAGACACGUAAACAAUGGAGAUCAACAGCAGCAUCGCUCAAGGAGACGUUGAUAAAUCAACCGCCGACGAGAACCACGACACUGGACAGUGGGAUGAGAGUUGCCAGUGAAGACAGUGGAGCAGCAACUGCGACCGUUGGGCUUUGGAUUGACGCUGGAAGUCGUUGCGAAACUGAUAAAACUAAUGGAGUUGCUCAUUUUAUGGAGCACAUGGCAUUCAAGGGAACAGCUAAAAGAUCUCAGACAGACCUGGAGCUGGAGAUUGAAAACAUGGGCGCCCACUUGAAUGCUUACACGAGUCGAGAGCAGACUGUAUUUUACGCCAAGUGUCUAGCUGGAGAUGUGCCGAAAGCCAUCGAAAUUUUGAGUGACAUCAUCCAGAACUCAAAGCUGGGGGAGAGUGAAAUUGAGCGUGAACGUGGAGUCAUUCUGCGUGAAAUGCAGGAGGUUGAUACCAACCUCCAGGAAGUUGUGUUCGACCAUUUACACUCUACAGCUUUCCAAGGCACACCUUUGGGUCGAACGAUUCUUGGACCCACUGAAAAUAUUAAAUCGAUUUCGCGUAAUGAUCUUGUCAAUUAUGUAAAGAGCCACUACGGACCACCAAGAUUUGUCUUGGCUGGAGCUGGAGGAGUAGACCAUAAUCAGUUGGUCGAACUCGCGGACAAACACUUUGGAAAAAUGAAGGGACCGCAGUACGACGAGAUCCCACCUCUACUGACCCCAUGCCGGUACACCGGAUCAGAAAUUCGUGUCCGUGAUGAUUCGAUGCCUCUAGCUCAUAUUGCAAUUGCUGUCGAAGGCGCGGGAUGGGCCAGCGCAGACAAUAUUCCACUGAUGGUUGCCAACACUCUGCUAGGAGCAUGGGACAGAAGUCAAGGCGGUGGAGUAAAUCACGCUUCUAGAUUAGCCAAAGCUUCAGCUAUAGACGGUCUUUGCCACAGCUAUCAGAGCUUCAAUACCUGCUACCAAGAAACUGGACUCUGGGGUGUCUACUUUGUCUGCGACCCCAUGCAGUGUGAGGACAUGGUAUGGAGUAUUCAGCAAGAAUGGAUGAAGCUCUGCACCAGUGUCACUGAAAAAGAAGUUAACAGGGCCAAGAACAUGCUCAAGACGAAUAUGUUGUUGCAAUUAGAUGGUACCACAGCUAUUUGCGAAGACAUUGGACGACAAAUGCUUUGUUACAAUCGACGAGUUCCUCUUCAUGAGCUAGAAGCUAGAAUAGAUAGCAUUACUGCAAAAACGAUUGAAGAUGUUGGCAUGAAGUACAUUUACAACCGGUGUCCAGUUGUCGCAGCCGUCGGUCCAGUUGAAAAUCUAUCCGACUACAACACAAUGCGCGCCAACAUGUACUGGCUUAGAGUUUAAAUCGUUCGAAUUAAAUUUUAAAAAAUAAUAAAAAUCAAUUAGCUAAUAAAUUUAUAAUAAAUUAAUUUAAUUUAAUAAUAAUAAUAAUAAUGAUAAUGAUAAUAAUAAAAAAAGCAAUGAUGAUAUUAUUAAAUUGACAGUAGUAAGCAAUCAAUACUCGAAAGAUAUUUAUAGUUCGGGUUUAAUUAUCAUCAAUGUAUAAAGAUUCAAAAAAAAGAUAAAUGUAAAAUGUUUAAUUAAAAAUAUACAAUUUGUUUAUCUUUUAUUAUUGGA